GUAGUAAGACCCGCCACACAGUCAGCUCUUUCAAUAAUUUUUUUAUUGCCUUUCUAGUAAAAAUAUCCUUUUCCCUGUUGUGUCGAAGAUGAGUUCUGAUCAGAAUCCAGAAACGUUGGUUAUGUGUGCUAAGCUUGCAGAGCAAGCAGAAAGAUAUGACGACAUGGCUGAGUAUAUGAAGAAAGUUGUGGAAGUAAAGGGAUCAUUGAAAAUUGAGGAGAGAAACCUCCUAUCUGUGGCCUACAAGAACGUCGUUGGUUCCCGACGUAGCUCAUGGAGGGUACUGUCUAGCUUGAUGGAGAAAUCAGAGGAUAAGAGCGACUACAUCAAAGAGUACAAGAAGAAAAUUGAAGACGAGCUGAACGAAAUAUGCAGUGCUGUAAUUAGCUUGUUGGACAAAAAGCUUAUUAAGAAGGAUGAUGAAGAAAAGGAUAUUGAAUCCCAGGUGUUCUACUGUAAGAUGAAGGGGGACUAUUACCGUUACCUCGCAGAAGUUGCUAGUGACAAAAAAGAUGAAGUAAAAGAAAAAUCUGAGGAGGCUUAUUUAAAGGCUAAUCUGACUUGUAAAGAACUUCCCACUACUCACCCGAUCAGACUCGGUCUUGCUCUCAAUUUCUCUGUGUUCUACUACGAGAUACUGAACAAACCUGAGAAAGCUUGUGAACUAGCAAAAUCAGCAUUUGAUGAUGCUAUUGCUGAGCUUGACCAGUUGAAGGAGGACUCUUACAAGGACAGUACUCUCAUCAUGCAGCUACUCAGGGACAACCUCACUUUGUGGACUUCAGAUUCCAAAGAGCAAGAAGAGGCUGGCGACGAUUAGUUCAAUAGCCACUAACUUGCAGUGUACCUUUUUUAGUACAAACAAAUUAUAGAGACCGUGUACUACAGUAACAAUUUUUACGAUGCUUUUUUUGUUCAUGGUGUGACGUGAUACCCUACUGGUUAAUAAGAAAUAAUUAUUAGAAAUAA